CCGUCACAGAGGCGGGACUAGAGCCUCGGUUAAAGGACAGCUCUUUCCAGCCAAUCAAAGGGCCGCAUCUGUGGCUUCUUCGAGGAAGCGGAGGCCGGAAGUUGGAUUUCGGCUUGAGGUGGAGAAGGCGGCUGCCAGUGUAAGCCCAGAGCUGAAGUUCUUGAUCUUCACAAUGGGUGAGCCACAGCAAGUGAGUGCCCUCCCACCCCCUCCGAUGCAGUACAUCAAGGAGUAUACAGAUGAAAAUAUUCAGGAAGGCCUCGCUCCCAAGCCUCCACCUCCAAUAAAGGACAGUUACAUGAUGUUUGGCAACCAGUUCCAGUGUGAUGAUCUUAUCAUACGCCCUUUAGAAAGUCAGGGUAUUGAACGACUUCAUCCUAUACAGUUUGAUCACAAGAAAGAACUGAGAAAACUCAAUAUGUCUAUCCUUAUUAAUUUCUUAGACCUCUUAGAUAUCUUGAUACGGAGCCCUGGGAGUAUAAAACGAGAAGAGAAGCUAGAAGAUCUUAAGCUGCUUUUUGUGCAUGUACAUCAUCUCAUAAAUGAAUACCGACCUCACCAAGCAAGAGAGACCUUGAGAGUCAUGAUGGAGGUGCAGAAACGUCAACGUCUUGAGACAGCUGAGAGGUUUCAAAAGCAUCUGGAACGAGUCAUUGAGAUGAUUCAGAAUUGCUUGGCUUCUCUGCCUGAUGAUUUGCCUCAUUCGGAAGCAGGGAUGAGAGUAAAAACUGAACCAAUGGACGCUGAUGACAGCAACAAUUGUAUUGGACAGAAUGAACAACAAAGAGAAAAUUCAGGUCAUCGGAGAGAUCAGAUUAUAGAGAAAGAUGCUGCCUUGUGUGUCCUGAUUGACGAAAUGAAUGAAAGGCCAUGAAGGAUGUUUCUUUUCCUUUCCCCUUCAGUGAAUGGUAAACACAUUAGUUAAUUCACUUUUAGAGAGUCUCAAAAGAAGAUAUAACUAGAAAGAAGUCUUGCAAGCAGCUUGAUUCUCCAACUUUCUCAAUUGUGAGAAGUCACAGCAGUAAUUUCACCUUAUGGCAAGCAUAGGUAAAUGAGUGUUCCUACAUUAAUUAAGAGUGAUUACCUUAAAAAGCAGAGUGCAGGUAUUUGUGGAAUAUCCUUGUUUCCAGAGUUGCAGUGAAUUUUGAAGAUAUCUUCAGUGAUAGUAGGUUUCAACACUGGGAAGUAGAUUUGUCAUUUGCUUUAAGAGUGAUAGAUAAUAAAGGACAUCAGACUUUAUAAAUGUGAAA